CAGAUUCCUCCAGGUCAUCAACCAGGGACAAAGAAGUCCCAGAGGAGGGGAGAAGAGCUUGGUGGGGACAAGCCGCUCCUUUCAGAAGAAUGCCACAGCUGGGCCUGUCCUGGCUGGGACCGCAGUCCAUGGAAGCCUCUCCUUGGCUGCUCCUGCUGCUGGCUGGGAUCUCCUGGUUCCUGGCCCGCAGCCUAACCUGGAUCUAUGCCUUCUAUAAGAACUCUCAUCGCCUCAAAUGUUUCCCGCAGCCCCCCAAACGGAACUGGCUCUUGGGUCACCUGGGCAUGGUCCAACCCACAGAGCAGGGCUUGAAGCAAGUGACGGAGCUGGUGGGCACCUACCCUCAGGGCUUUAUGACAUGGCUGGGCCCUGUCAUUCCCCUGGUCACUCUGUGCCAUCCCAACAUCAUCCGAUCUGUGCUCAAUGCCUCAGAUCCAGAGCUCAGAGGAAGGUCUGCUGUACACCCAGGGUCUGGCGAGCACCUUUGGGGAUGUGUGCUGCUGGUGGGUGGGGCCCUGGCACCCAGUCGUCCGAAUCUUCCACCCCGCCUUCAUCAAGCCUGUGCUCUUUGCUCCAGCUUCCUGAAGCCCUGGCUGGGGGAUGGGCUCUUGCUGAGUUCUGGUGACAAGUGGAGCCACCAUCGCCGCCUGCUGACACCUGCCUUCCAUUUCAACAUCCUAAAGCCCUACAUGAAGAUUUUCAAUGACACUACAAAUGUCAUGCACGCCAAGUGGCAGCGACUGAUCUCAGAGGGCAGCACCCGUCUGGACAUGUUUGAGCACAUUAGCCUCAUGACCUUGGAUAGUCUGCAGAAAUGCGUCUUCAGCUUCGACAGCAAUUGUCAGGAGAAGUCUAGUGAAUAUAUUGCUGCCAUCUUGGAGCUCAGUGCCCUUGUGGUCAAAAGGCAUGAACAACUUCUCAUGCACAUGGAUUUCCUGUACCAUCUCAGCCCCAAUGGGCAGCGCUUCCGUAAGGCCUGCCGCCUGGUGCACGACUUCACAGAUGCUGUCAUCAAGGAGCGGCGCCACACUCUCCCUGAUCAGGGUGUUAGUGACUUCCUUAAGGCCAAGGCUGAGUCCAAGACUUUGGACUUCAUUGAUGUGCUCCUGUUGACUAAGGAUGAAGAUGGAAAAGAGUUGUCAGAUGAGGAUAUACGAGCAGAAGCUGACACCUUCAUGUUUGAGGGCCAUGACACCACGGCCAGUGGUCUCUCCUGGGUCCUGUACAACCUGGCGAGGCACCCAGAGUACCAGGAGCGCUGCCGGCAGGAGGUGCGAGAGCUGCUGAGGGACCGUGAUCCUAAAGAGAUUGAGUGGGACGACCUGGCUCAGUUGCCCUUCCUGACCAUGUGCAUCAAAGAGAGUAUGCGGUUGCACCCUCCAGUGACAGUCAUCUCCCGCCGCUGCACCCAGGACGUGGCGCUCCCCGAUGGCCGGGUCAUCCCCAAAGGUGUCAUAUGCCUCAUCAGUAUUUUCGGGACUCAUCACAACCCAGCUGUGUGGCCGAACCCUGAGGUCUAUGACCCCUUCCGCUUUGACCCAGAAAAUGCCAAGGACAGGUCACCUCUAGCUUUUAUUCCUUUCUCCGCGGGACCUAGGAACUGCAUCGGGCAGACGUUUGCCAUGAGCGAGAUGAGGGUGGUGCUGGCGCUGACUCUGCUGCGCUUCCGAGUCCUGCCCGACGACACCGAGCCGCGCAGGAAGCCGGAGCUGAUCCUGCGCGCCGAGGGCGGGCUCUGGCUGCGCGUGGAGCCGCUGAGCGCCAGCGCGGAGUGACCCGCCCAGGGCCGUCCCGGGACCCACCUGCCUCCACCCAGAACUACGUAUGCAGAUACCCAGGAAUAAAAUGGUUAUCACCUGCGUUCGAGUCUCACCAAGCGUCAGCAGGGUGCGCCGGGGACGUCGGGCAACCAAAGCCGGAGGGCUAGGUGGGGGAGGCGCGGCCCAACCCUGACUGGUUCUGGCUGGCUUCACAGCCCCUGAACAGAUGGCGGGAGUCGUGGGACGUGUUUGAGCAGAAGAUGGAGCUAGAUUAAGGGCAGGUUUGAGGCGCCGAGUCAUGGAAGCAAACACUCAGAACACUAAAUGUUUGCCAUCCUUACCUCCGUUCGCAUCUCCAACUAUAUCCUGUCUUUUCUCAUCGUAGGGUUUUUCACUGUUUCUGUGGCUACUAAACUACUGUGUUUAUUAAACAUAGCAGGCUUAGUUGUGUUUUCCUUUCUCUUGCUCCCUCCCACCACCUUCUGCGUUUCUUACUUUUAGAGACAGAGCCUAUACAGAGCAGCAUCUAACUGCUGAGCUCAAUUGUCUUGCUUCGUCCUCUGGAUAGCUGG